AUGCUCGGUGGCGGAAAAACGGACGUGGAAAUGGAAACUUCGCCUGGCUACUUCCGGCCCGAAGAUAUCACCAUCGGAGAACAGUUUCGUCGCUACGGUACGAAUUUGAAGUGCAACUACUCAAGGCUACUGUAUGAUGGGCCAAGCACACACAGUGUCACACAUGAUAUUAAACAAGAGGCUGAUAGUAUGGACUCUGAUCACUCUGAUGCCACACAUGGGAAGAUGCAAGCUUCUGUUAAACUGAGGUUGGUGAUUGAUGGAUUUUCAGACAGUGAUCUUAUUGCUGAUCCAGAACUCCAGACUGGAACUGAGCUGCUGAAAGCAUGCAAGAUGGAGGAUGAAUAUCCAGACAGCCAAGAAGCUGUGUUUGGGCUAUUUGCAUCUCCUUUGGAUUGUGCUAUUCAAGGUACCUUCCCAUUAGUUUAUGUUCUAAUAUGUGAAGCUUGGAAAAGUGUGCCUGAUUGUUCGACUGGUGCGGAAGACCCUCCUGAAGACCUACUUGUGGUACAAGGACUUCGUAUGGAUACAUGUCAUCUGUUGACGAAAUGUGCAUCUUGUAUAAAAACUCUUCACGACUUGGAUGAUGCUCCAACUCGUCAACAUGCUCACCAGCUACCAGAUGCCCAGUCAGCUUGGUGGGUAAUGGCCAAGUCAUGGCUUGAUGUUCAGGUUGGUCUGGAGGCAUCUGGCUUAAGACCUGGAAGUUCAAUUUCUGGACUAUCUAGGGAACUGGUUAAUGAAGCUGUUAUUAGAGGGUGCAAGGAGCAGCAUCGGCAGAUUCAGAUAUGGUUGUGGAUAGCACCUUUCGAAGUUGACGAGAAUGUUCGCAGUCCUCACGAUGAUCCUCAGUUGAUACGGCUUGGUGCUAACCUAGUGCCUUUACUUCGGUAUUUACUUUCUGAGGUAAUGAAGGGUUCCUUCAGAGAGAUGCUAAUGAGCGCUGGUGAUCUCAUUCUUCACAUUGUGCACGCGAAGUACAAGCUUUUUCUUUCUGGCAUGGAGUACGUACAAUUCCGUCCCUUAGAUGAUUCUAAAGGAAAUGAAAGUUCCUGGCUAGCUUCUGUUAAAGAUCAUGUAUUUUGGACAGAAACUUCAGUUUACCUUGAGUUGCAUGCCACUGCAAUGCCUUGUCUGUCAUCAGGUGAAUGUAUGAGCCCAGAUGCUACAGUUUGCACUGCAUUGAUGAGUGCUCUUUACUCUGUGAGUGAGAAGGCUGUGCUUCAUCGCCAAUUAAUGAAAAUUGCGGAAUAUGAUGGCAAAAUUGAGGCAGGUGUAUAUGCAACCCAGUGUAACAAUUUAAAGCACAUACUUCCAAUUUGUUAUGUUCAUGGCUUGAUGCCAAUUCCAUAUGUGACUUUGAGAUCUGAGAUAUCAUGGCAUAGUGUGUCAGAAGAUAUAAGGUCCCAGUCCAAUGAAAGGCAUCAAGUUCUAGAGGACGAAUUAAUGCAGCAGAUGGUUCAGCUCCUUCUUGAGGAGGCUGGCAUCGGGUCACUUAUGUGGCAUGGGAAAGGUCCAGCUGUGCCUCCAAAGAUGAAAGGAGUGAAAGAUAAAGACAAAAGCAAACAAGAACCUCCUAAGAAGGGAGCAAAAGAGAAAGGAAACAAAAAGGGAGAAGGCCCUUCGAAGGAGAAAGGAGAGGAAAAGGAGAACGAGAAGGACUCAGAAGAAGAAAAGGAGUAUCUGUCUCUUGACGAUCUAGAAGAUCUGGACUUACCAUACAAACAAAUAGAUUGGACUGGAGAGACUGAUCAGAAUCCACCUAAUCAACAUCCACAUCGGCCUAGAUUGAUCAAAGAUCAAAGGGAUAAGUCCAAUAUCAUUCCAGAGAUCAUCACUAGCCCGGUUAGAGAUCAGGGUAAUAAGACUUCAGCAGUGGAGGCCGUGAUGAAUCUUCAUCGUGCGGAGGAUGAUGACACGCAAUGGAUGACCUCUUCACAAGAGUUAAUGGAUUGGGUACAGUAUGAUCUUGAUAAGGUUAAAAACAGUGGUUUGCGUAGAAUGUACAAUGUAUGGAAUCAUGUGUUCAAGAAAAAAGUCUCCAAGGAGGAAAACUAUAAGUAUGUUGGUGAACCUGCGUUGGAGAAGGAACGUUUUGCACUAGGAGUGACAAUACCAGAAAGAGUGGUGUUGAGGAUAUUAGGUUUUGAAGUGAUAGAGCCUGUAGAUGAUGAAAGGCUUUUACUUAGACAACUUGCUACAAUGUUAGUUGUGGCUUCUCUGGAGGCAACUCCAUCAUUCCUUGAUUGGAAAAGGGUAAACGCAAACCAUUUUCACUGGGACUCUGAGACAGCAGAGGAUCGGAAGGCAAGGCGUAACAAGAAGGUUGAGUUGCACUCCAUCCUCGUUGUAGGCUAUGGAAAGAUUGCUAAUGGCCUGAACUAUUUCCUCAUUAGGAAUUCAUAUGGGAAAGGCUGGGGGUUUAAAAUUCGUGGAGCUAACAGAAGGUGGGGGGCUAAAGGCUCGGGAGGGUAUUGAGAGCAUCCUCGCGGUCAAGUGGACAAUCAUUGUUCACUUCAUUUUCUUAUCCAAAACCAUGGGUGCCUCCCUAAGGUACU